AGUCUGGUUUUGCCUAGGCUAGGAGGAGCCCAAUCCUAGACCAUGCUAGGAUUUUUCCUAGAAAAGUAGUCGGCCGGACUUUUCUUCCCCUAAUUCGCACCCAAGCGGAGCCCGCUAGAUCAAUCCCCGCCAAUCCUAGGAAGCUGGCAUGCUUCGUAGGUGCAGACAGUAAUAGCGGGGACCGGCGCGGGGCAGGUGUGUCCGGCUAAGACGCCAGGACAGGGCAGGGUCUCCAGGACCCGAGAGGAGAGGGACUUCUUCCAGUGCUCAAGCGCCCGCUGCCCUCUAUUAGUGGGAGAGGAAUCCAGCCUCAGCCCCGCGCGGGCGCUGUCGGCGUCGGCGGGCCCCGAAGCCCAGCCCUGGGCAUCCGCUGAGCUACAUUUGGCUGGGUCUUCCCAGAGUGGGCUGAGGAGCCAGUUUCUCGGUCAACACUAGGUCUCCACGGGGCCAGGGGAGAAGGGAGGUGGGAGGUGAGAAAGCUCAGCCGCCUCUGGUUUCGAGUAAAAGUCGCCGCGGUUUUGCAGAGACCGACUUUUUCUUGAGGCGCAUUUAAGGCCAAGUAACUGUCUCCUGCCCUCCCUCUCUCCUGCCCCCUCUCCUCCCUGAGUCCCGCCCUCCCGCACACGCUGACCCAGGGACACACCCUACUGCAGCGACGCAAACAGGGCGUUGUUCCCGUUAAAGGGGAACGCCAGGAGCCUCCCACUGCCCCCUUGCUUCGCGCGCGCGCAGCCCCGCAGCGCAGCUUUGGCGGCGCCAGCAGCGGAGCCAACGCACCCGAGUUUGUGCUUGAGGCCACCCUGAGGAUCGGGACAGCUGUUCCUUUGGGCUGCAGAAACUCCGCUGAGCAGAACUUGCCGCCAGAAUGCUCCUCCUGUUGCUGAGUAUCAUCGUCCUCCACGUCGCGGUGCUGGUGCUGCUGUUCGUCUCCACGAUCGUCAGCCAAUGGAUCGUGGGCAAUGGACACGCAACUGAUCUCUGGCAGAACUGUAGCACCUCUUCCUCAGGAAAUGUCCACCACUGUUUCUCAUCAUCACCAAACGAAUGGCUGCAGUCUGUCCAGGCCACCAUGAUCCUGUCGAUCAUCUUCAGCAUUCUGUCUCUGUUCCUGUUCUUCUGCCAACUCUUCACCCUCACCAAGGGGGGCAGGUUUUACAUCACUGGAAUCUUCCAAAUUCUUGCUGGUCUGUGCGUGAUGAGUGCUGCGGCCAUCUACACGGUGAGGCACCCGGAGUGGCAUCUCAACUCGGAUUACUCCUACGGUUUCGCCUACAUCCUGGCCUGGGUGGCCUUCCCCCUGGCCCUUCUCAGCGGUGUCAUCUAUGUGAUCUUGCGGAAACGCGAAUGAGGCGCCCAGACGGUCUGUCUGAGGCUCUGAGCGUACAUAGGGAAGGGAGGAAGGGAAACCAGAAAGCAGAAAAAGAAAAAAGAGCUAGCCCAAAAUCCCAAACUCAAACCAAACCAAACAGAAAGCAGUGGAGGUGGGGGUUGCUGUUGAUUGAAGAUGUAUAUAAUAUCUCCGGUUUAUAAAACCUAUUUAUAACACUUUUUACAUAUAUGUACAUAGUAUUGUUUGCUUUUUAUGUUGACCAUCAGCCUCGUGUUGAGCCUUAAAGAAGUAGCUAAGGAACUUUACAUCCUAACAGUAUAAUCCAGCUCAGUAUUUUUGUUUUGUUUUUUGUUUGUUUGUUUUGUUUUACCCAGAAAUAAGAUAACUCCAUCUUGCCCCUUCCCUUUCAUCUGAAAGAAGAUACCUCCCUCCCAGUCCACCUCAUUUAGAAAACCAAAGUGUGGGUAGAAACCCCAAAUGUCCAAAAGCCCUUUUCUGGUGGGUGACCCAGUGCAUCCAACAGAAACAGCCGCUGCCCGAACCUCUGUGUGAAGCUUUACGCGCACACGGACAAAAUGCCCAAACUGGAGCCCUCGCAAAAACACGGCUUGUGGCAUUGGCAUACUUGCCCUUACAGGUGGAGUAUCUUCGUCACACAUCUAAAUGAGAAAUCAGUGACAACAAAUCUUUGAAAUGGUGCUAUGGAUUUACCAUUCCUUAUUAUCACUAAUCAUCUAAACGACUCACUGGAAAUCCAAUUAACAAUUUUACAACAUAAGAUAGAAUGGAGACCUGAAUAAUUCUGUGUAAUAUAAAUGGUUUAUAACUGCUUUUGUACCUAGCUAGGCUGCUAUUAUUACUAUAAUGAGUAAAUCAUAAAGCCUUCAUCACUCCCACAUUUUUCUUACGGUCGGAGCAUCAGAACAAGUGUCUAGACUCCUUGGGACCGUGAGUUCCUAGAGCUUGGCUGGGUCUAGGCUGUUCUGUGCCUCCAAGGACUGUCUGGCGAUGACUUGUAUUGGCCACCAACUGUAGAUGUAUAUAUGGUGCCCUUCUGAUGCUAAGACUCCAGACCUUUUGUUUUUGCUUUGCAUUUUCUGAUUUUAUACCAACUGUGUGGACUAAGAUGCAUUAAAAUAAACAUCAGAGUAACUCA